ACGAACAGCGGCAGGUGACGGUGGUCGAGAGAAGUCAUAAAGGGCUGCCCGAUGUGUGCGAGCGGCAGUGGCGGAUCAGCUGGAACCCGGACCCGGCAGCUUUCAUAUACUGUGAAGACAUUUCUUUCAAAAUGUCCAGUCCUGCUAAUGCUGAGGCACAGAUGUCUGAACUGGAACUUCUUUUCAGCAUGUUUCCUAAUGAAGUUACAGUGGAUGAUCAGCUGGCUUUAGCCGAUCUCAGGGACUAUAUACAAGGAAAGAUGCAGAGCUCACCAACAUCAAGACUACAGUACACUGUAUCCCUUCGUCUGGAUGCUGUUAAUGUAUUGUGUGCAUUAUGCUGUGUUUUCCCCCCAAAUUAUCCAUCUGUACUACCAGAAAUUUCAAUAAGGUCGGAUGCCUUAUACAGAUCACAGCAGAUGCAAUUAAAUUCAGACCUUCACAAGUAUUUGAGAAAGAGCUGCUGUGGUGAGAUAUGUGUAUUGGAUGCAAUCGAGUGGAUCAAAGAUCAUGCUGCCACAUACAUGAACAAGGAAAGUAUUCCAACUGAAAAGAGGCAACUUACUAACAGGACCAAAGAUACAGUUUGUACCAGACUGUGGAUCUAUAGCCACCAUAUCUACAACAAAGAGAAGAGGAAAAAUAUUCUGGAGUGGGCAAAAGAGCUUUCUCUGACUGGGUUCUGUAUGCCUGGCAAGCCUGGAGUGAUUUGUGUAGAAGGGGCAUACAGUGCGUGUGAAGAAUACUGGACAAGAGUAAAACGGUUGACCUGGAAGAGAAUUUUACUCCGCCACAGAGAGGACACAACGAUGGAUAUCACAAAUGCCGAUUUGACUUCUGCAAUACAAAAGUUUCAGAAGUUCACAAAUUUUGAAGAAAAGAUAUUUGAUGCACAUGGAAACAGGGGAAAUCAUAUGGAUCUUGGGCAGUUGUACCAAUUCUUAAAUGAAAGAAACUGUGGAGACAUUUUUCAAUUGUACUUCGGUGUAGAAGGAAAAGCUUCCUAAAUCAAUUGUGGAUAUAUAUUAUUGUUUACUAUACAAAGAGAAAAGAGACUUGUUUAAAUAUGCCCCGUUAUUCUCUGAUGGUCAUAAAUUUACAAAAGGGUUGUUUCUGAAAAACAUUUUGUUAGGUGUUAAUUUAUAAUUUGAAAAGGCUGAACAAAGUGUAUUAUGGGAAUUUUGGUACACUUUUUCUGUGCAAAGAGACUGACAUGCUAUUCAUUAUAGUGAACAAUAGUUGGUAAAUCAACAUGCAGCUAAAAAGUCUGUGGAGUUAAACUUUUGUAAGUCAAGGAAUGCCUGUAUUACAAUCCAACAUUUCUGGAAAUCUAAUUAAUUUUUAAACAGUAUUCGAUCAACAGUUAGGGAAAUCUAAUUUUUCAAAAUGGAAUAUUAACAGUACUCCUGCCAGUUUUAUAUUCCUGUUAUUAAAUUUGAAUAAAUUUGGAAUUUUUUGUGGUAAUUGUAA